ACGCGGACUCGGAAGGACAUCAAGAUGAAACUGCUUUGCAUAUUCGCCGUACUUCUUGCUAUUUCGUUAGCGGACGAAAUAAAGCCUGAAGAAAAUAUUGAGAGCUUGCUUGGAUUGCCAUCAACGGAAGUCGAACCUAAACCAGUCGUCAUAAGCGAAACGCCAAGAAGAAAAAUUAAACGACGCGUUGUACGACCAAGGUUCUACGGUUCAAAUACUCCUCAGAACAACUACAACCAACCACAAAACAAUUACAACACCCCACAAGGUUACCCCCAGAACAAUUGGUCAAACAAUCAGGAUACCUGGAACAAACCAGACCCUCAGAACAACUGGUCGAACAACCAGGAUUCAUGGAAUAACGGUUAUCCACCAAACAACUGGGAAAAGCCUACCAGCGCCCCAGUCCAACCUGCUUGGACCACAAGUGCUCCGGUACAGUCCACGUGGCCUCAGGCUCCAGCAUCCACUUCUUCAACCACUACACCUAUCCCAGUUAUAAAGAACGAACACACGAUUGGUGAUAAUGGUAGCUACAAAUACGAAUAUGAAAUUGCUGACGGCACUCACGUUAUGGAGGAAGGUUAUGUGUUAAACCCCAACACGGAGAAUGAAAUUGUAGUGAAAAAGGGCAUGUACUCAUUCAAAGCUGCUGAUGGCAAAAUAUACACAGUUACCUACUGGGCUGACGAUACUGGUUACCACGCAACUGGAGCCCACCUCCCAACACCCCACCCUAUUCCACCAGCGAUUCAGGAAUCCAUUGACAAAAACGCCCAAGCUCAAGCUGAGAAAAACAAAGAGCAAGUGCUAAAUCCACCCAAGCCAAUCAAACCACCAACCCAAAUAAAACCCCAGCCCCAACCUCAGCCAAAACCACAACCGCCACAGAAAUACCCCAAUCAAGAAGCAACCUACCCCGGACAACAGCAAAACUGGCAACAAGGCUAUCCCAACCAACAACAAAACCAAGGUUAUCCUAGCCAACAGCAGAACCAAGGCUAUCCUAGCCAACAACAAAAUCAAGGUUAUCCUAGCCAACAACAAAACGUAGGUUAUCCUAGCCAACAACAAAACCAAGGCUACCCUAGCCAACAACAGACCUACCCUCAAGAACAACCAAACUUCUACCCUCCUCAAUCAUACGGAAAGUAGUUACCAGAUGUUAAGUAGGUUACGAGUCGCAAAUUUAAUGUUACCUCAGAUUAGUUGUCUUGGUCUAUUUUAGGCCUUUUUACGAGAUAAUCUAUAAUUAAGGAAUAGCAGAUAUCUUGCUCACGAUAUGAAUUGUGAACUCGAUAUCUGCAUGCGACGAAACCAUUUGUGAUAUUGAUAUUUGAUGCCAGUUCUAGAUUUAAUUUACUUUUAAUAAAUGAUUCAUAUAA